UAUUCACAGUCAAAAGUCUGUGGUUUGAGACUCAGCAAUAUAUGCUUUUUGUUUGGUUUAACAACGCAUUCAUAUUGAUUUGAUCAGACUUAUACUUACAAACAAAUAUUUUCUAUUAUAGUUUACAGAAGGAGAUAGAACUCUUGUGUGUGUGUAUAUAUAUAUAUAUAUAUUAUAUUGUGGUUGGGUUAUUUUGCAUGAUCGAUAUCAUCAUCAAGACAAAAAUGGCUGAAAACGGUAAGAGAAUCGGAGUGAGAAAAUACAACAAAUCUGAAUUUCCACGGCUGCGAUGGACGCCUGAACUUCACGACCUCUUUGUCGAUGCUGUUCGAAUUCUCGGCGGAAAGGACAAGGCAACUCCCAAGCGAAUUUUGCAGACAAUGAGUGUCAAAGGACUGAAAAUUUCUCACGUCAAAAGCCAUCUGCAGAUGUACAGAAGCAUAAAGAAUGAAGAGGAGAUGAAUAUGUUUGUACGAACAAGUCAGUUGUCGAGGAAGCACUUGCAUGAAAUACAUCUUAAAGACAGCAAUAGACUCUUCUCAUCCCUUUUCUCUCGUCAAAGGUCAUUUGGAAAUAAUGAAUUGAGAAAUGAUUGGAGGGAUUUUGAUCAUAAUGAAGGCAAAAAUGAAUUACUUCGGCAAACAGAAUAUGAUCAAGCCAGCCAGAAUGAGGUUAUUCAGGAUUCGAGCAUUGUUACAUCUCUAUUUAACAACAAUAGUAUUAGUAGGCCAAAGGAAAAGGAAGGCGUUGUGAUGAUGAAUGAACUUUGCUGUGAGCUCUCAUUGAUAUCGUCCAAUACAACACCUAAUAAUAUGCAAAGUACUACUGUAGAAGAAAAGGGUUAUAGUAGUCCUAGUAGCUCCCAUUCUAAUUUAACUACUCAUCACAAUCACAUUAACUUGGACCUCACCAUAUAGCUACCCUAGUACGUACCUUCAUGUAUAACAUUCUCUCUCUCUCUCUCUCUCUCUCUCUCUUGAGUAUUGUUGUUAUUAUUUAAUUAGUGAUCUAUUAAUGUAGACAUAUAUAUAUAUAUUAGUUAGCCAUAUUAUUAUAAAGAAAUAUCUAAUAUAUUUUAUGUGGACUCCUAUGCGUA